GAAGAAAACGAUAGCGAUGAUAGAUAAUAGAGCAAUAGACAGAUACACAGAAAGAUAGAUACAAUUUUUCUACAUUUUCUACAUUUGUCUGACCCCCAUUAGACAGACUGUGUAAACACCAGUUAGCUACAAGUGGUGUGAACUCUUCACUUCUUGGCAGGGCAUAAUGUUUUUUUUUCCAUAGCAGGAUGAGAAGGGUACCUAUAAUUAGCAUUCUAAAAAGCAAAAAAAGAAAGCAGCCAUUGCUGUCCUGACAGAGGGAGGCACGAGACCAAGGACCAUGUAGGACAGAGGAAGUGCCGAGGGUGCAUGUCUGUCUAAAUGCUGGAUGGGUCAGGAAAUUUCUCAACACACAGAAGCUAGCAAUGACAUGCAAGACGAGAAUAUAGAAGCUUCUUCGUCUAUUUCUCAGAUUCUGAGAGAGAACUAUAGUGCUGAAACAAGAAUACACCAAGAGAGCAGUCUAUCAAUCUCUUCAUCUCAUUCUUAUCGUCAUAGUGUCUGCUCCAGUAGAGUAGACGACUUAUGCGAAGCUGAUGACCUCACUGAUCUUUCUGCUUUUCUGAGCCAGGAAGAAUUAGACCAAAGUGUACAUUUGGCAAGACAAGCCAUUGACCAAGAUGGGAACCAGAGAGAGGUACAGAUUGAUAUUAAAUGUCCGCCGAGAGAACUAAAAAGACAGUCUAGGCCUGUUGUAAGACCACCAGUAACCAGACAGAGCAUACCAACAGUCAAUGACAGAGAACAAGAGUUAAAUUUUUAUCAGGGACAUGUCAUAAAAGGGUUGAAAAACUCUACAGAGGAAACGAAAGAUUUGAAAAAGCCACAGAGAACCACUCCAUAUGGAACUGAAACUGAGUCAAAAAAGGAAUUUUUGAAUAAAGCUGCAGAUUUUAUUGAGGAGCUAUCGUCACUUUUCAAAGCCAAUAGUUCCAAGCGAAUUAGGCCAAAGACAUUAAAAAAUCGGAGGAGCAAACGUGACUUAAAAAGUGGGACACUUGAGCAGGACAUCUCUAAUUACACUUGCCAGUUAGAAAAUCGAGAGAGGCCUCACUACACGCCAGAAAAGACAGAAAUAAACACUACUAUCUCUGAGGAAGCUAAUAGUUUGGAAGCAGUGGAUCCAGAAUGUGAAAAGGAGUCUUUGCAAGUUGAAAACGAUACCCAGUCUUCCUCUUUUUAUUUUGAAGAGCCAGUUGGGCGACCUCCAAAUUUUAUUCAGAAAUUAAAAAGUAGGGAAGUUACUGAGGGGAGCAAAGUGCAGUUGGACUGUAUUGUGGUUGGAUUUCCACCACCUGAAGUAAGGUGGUACUGUGAAGGAAAAGAGCUAGAGAACUCCCCAGACAUCCAGAUCCAGAAGUCGGGAGAUCUGGACUCUCUAGUUAUUACAGAGGCUUUUGAAGAAGAUACAGGCCGCUAUUCCUGCUUUGCUUCCAACAUCUAUGGCACAGAUUCAACAUCUGCAGAGAUUUAUGUAGAAGGUGCUUCGUCUUCAGAGUCUGAAGGGGACACAAUCAAGGCUGAGGCGGAUCAGCCUGAACCUUCUGCACCUGAUACUCAAGAAACAUCAAACGCAGAUACUUAUCAAGAAAUGAAUAUUCCACCCAGUAAUGUACAAACUAUGCAGCCAACAAUGAUACAGCAGUGUCAAAGUCCCACUACAUACUUGCAAGGUCUUGAUGGGAGACCACUUAUUGCUGCUCCUGUUUUUACAAAGAGCUUGCAGGAUCUGACUGCUUGUGAGGGGCAGUUGGUUGUAUUUGAAAGUCGAGUGAAAGGAUCUCCGUCUCCAAAGGUAGAAUGGUAUAGAGAAGGAACACUGAUUGAAGAUUCCCCAGAUUUUCGGAUCUUGCAGAAGAAGCCCCGUUCAAUGGCGGAACCAGAAGAGAUAUGCACUUUAGUAAUAGCGGAGGUCUUCUCUGAGGACUCUGGCAUGUUUACAUGUACUGCAAGCAACAAAUAUGGCACCACUUCAAGUAUUGCCUAUUUAACUGUAAAAGGGUCUGAUGAAAACAACAGUAAAGCUCCCUUGUCCAUAAGCACAAUAAACAUAGAUGCCUUCAAACGUGAACCUUUGCCUUCCACUCCUGAGCCAGUGGCAAUAGUGGACCCUCCACCAAAGCCUAAACUAGAAGGCGUUCUUGUGAAUCACAAUGAACCAAGACCAAGCUCUAAAAUUGAGAAGAGAGUACAUUUCAAGUUACCAGAAGAUGACAAAGGAAGUGAAACGUCAUCAGAAGAAGGAGUCACAGCACAAAAGCAUUUUGGGUCAGACAUGCCAGAUAUGAUCAAUGGUCAAACUUUGGGGUUUUUGGGUUCUUCUUUUAAAGAACCCCCACCUGUGUUUGCUAAGCCUAAACUAGACCCUCUGAAGUUACAGCAGCUUCAUAACCAGGUUAUGAUUGAACAGCAACAACAGCAGCCGUCAUCACCAGUUUCCUUGGCAAGGGACACAACGGUUAGUACGCCUGUACAAAACUCUACUGGUUCUCAGCCUUACAUGUUUGCCCGACCCCAGCAGUUUAUUUCUGGCUCAGAUCCAAUCAAUAGCACGUCGGUGUCUCCUAAAUAUCCCUUUUCCACUACUGGCACAUCGACGAUAAGACCAUGGACUUCAUGCAGAGGAAAUAUUCCAGAAGUCUACACUGAGGUUGGAUCAGCUACAGCCAAAAAUGAACCUUCCACUGCUAUGGAGUCCAUCUUGUCUUCUCCACCUUCUGCACCACAAAGACAAUUUCAGGCACAGACUGUGUCUCCUACUCCAAUAUCUCCUCCACGGAUUCAGAAUCCUGCUGCAUUUCUCAGUGCAGUUCUCCCAUCAUUGCCAUCUUCACCACCUCCUCCUUCCACAAAUGCGAUGGGGCUGCCAAAAACUUCAUCAUUGUCUGUUCCUGGAGCUGCAAAGAAAAAUGUAAAAACAGUGCGGUUUGGCCCUGAAGAUCAAAUUCUUGAGAAUAAGAAUUCUGUUGUAAAAGAGUUGGAGAGAAAGCUGUCAUUUAGAGAUAACACUCCACAAUAUAUUCCACGGCAACAGGGGGAGCGGGAGUUAACCCAUGGUGUGCUGCCUUAUGGACUAAUGGAAAAGAAAAUUUCAAUGGAAUACAAAAUAUCCAGCUUUGAGCAGAGGCUGAUGAAUGAAAUAGAGUUUCGUUUGGAGCGCACCCCGGUGGAUGAAUCGGAUGAUGAAGUUCAGCACGAUGAAAUCCCAACUGGAAAGUGCAUUGCACCUAUUUUUGACAGACGGCUCAAACAUUUCCGGGUUGUAGAAGGAACUUCAGUCACAUUCACAUGCAAAGUUGUUGGGAUACCCAUACCCAAGGUUUAUUGGUUUAAAGAUGGCAAGCAGAUAUCAAAGAAAGAUCAACACUGCAAAAUGCAGAGGGAAGCAGAUGGAACAUGCGCUUUAUAUAUUGAAGCUGCAACGAACGAUGAUGAUGGGAACUACACAAUUAUGGCAGCAAAUCCACAGGGAAGAAUCAGUUGCUCUGGUCAUUUGCUGGUACAGAAUGCUCCAUUCCGGCCUCGGUCUCUUCUCCCUGUUCAGUCUCACAGGGCGAGGCCACGCGUUCCAGAAGUAGAGAGCGAGGUAGUAGAGGAGCGAUUCUUCCGGCCAUACUUUCUUCAGGCUCCAGGGGAUAUGGUUGCACACGAAGGACGGCUCUGCCGACUUGAUUGUAAGGUUAGUGGACUUCCAACUCCAGAUAUCAUGUGGCUACUCAAUGGAAGGCAAGUUAAACCAGAUGCCACCCACAAAAUGCUUGUCAGGGAGAAUGGAAUUCAUUCGCUCCUUAUUGAUCCUGUCACAAAAGCAGAUUCUGGGACCUACAUUUGCAUUGCAACUAAUAAAACUGGGCAAAACUCAUUCAGCCUGGAGCUCAGUAUCAUGGCAAAAGAAGUCCAAAAAGUUCCAGUAUUUUUGGAAAAACUUCAAAAUUGUGGUGUCCCAGAAGGUCAUCCAGUCAGAUUAGAGAGUCGAGUUGUUGGAAUGCCCCCACCAGUGUUCUACUGGAAGAAAGACAAUGAAUCCAUUCCGGCCAAUAAACCACGGAUAAGCAUGCAUCAAGAUAACACUGGUUACGUGUGCCUCCUCAUCCAGCCUGCCAGAAAAGAAGAUGCAGGAUGGUACACACUGUCAGCAAAGAACGAAGCAGGGAUUGUAUCCUGUACUGCAAGACUUGAUAUUUAUGCUCAGUGGUACCAGCAGAUUCCCCAGCCAAUCAAAAAGACCCGAUCAACAGGUUCUCGGUAUUCUAUGUUUUCAGCUUUGGAUGCCAUCAGCUCUCAUCCUCCUGUAGUAACACCGCUGAAUUACUCAUUGUCUACACGGGAAGUGGUAGAAAGUGAAGAGCUGUGAAUGGAACCGACGUCAAAACCCAAAAUAAAACUGUGAAGAAAAUACAGCUUGAACGUUUACAAAUCAAAUUUUUAAUGGGGAUAAAGAUCCCUGUUUGGCUUCAGUGUUUUGCCAAUAUAAAAUAAUCUAACUGCCAGGUAGUACUGUUUCAGUGCCACUAGAGGGGCCCAGCCCUUUCUGGCAGUGAACAGGUUAACAUAGGUUUGCAGUAUAUGUAGCCCAGACGCGCCAGCAGUACUCAGUGAUCUGUAUGCCCGUGGCACUGACACUGAUGCAGUGUGAUCUGUUUGAUGUUGUAUAAGUACCCUAUUUAAAUAUUUAUGUCCACAAAGAAAAGAAAGUAAAGACCUAUAGAGGUUAUAUUAAUAUAUAAAUGUGCAUUAUUUGUAUUUUACCAGAUUCUUUGUUAAAACAAGGUUGCUUAUACAGUAGAGGGUUUAAACUAAAAGUGCCAUCUCUUGCUAUUUAACAAAUGGCGGUUUGUUUAUAGGAAGUGAAAAUGGGAUGUAUUCCCUAAUAAAGUUACAACAUGUUGCAUAAAAUG